CAAGCGCCGUAAAACCUCUACUUAAACUAAACUAAACCUCAUCUCCAAACCCACCUCGAUUCAUGAAUGACUCGCAGAUAUCAUGUGCGAAUAAUUUCUUCUUUUCUCCCCAAAUAUACAGCCGAGAGUAACGCCAGGGUGAGAAAAUCCCAAAACACCCGCCAAAAUUCCCUGGGAUCUGCUGCUACUUACAUGAGACUUUGGAUGAACGUCUGCUGUCGUGACGUCACCAAGUCAUGGUUGUGUGAGCGGACCAGACAGAAAUUGGAAACACACGGAUAUCUGGUCUAAAACACGCGGAUAUCUGUUAAGAAAACAGACAGAUAUCUGGACGAAAACACUCGGAUAUCUGAACGUGAACACUUGGAUAUCUGAACGUGAACAGCCGGAUAUCUGGACGAAAACCCCCCCAGAUAUCUGGACCUGGACGGUGCAAGAUGUCGAAUUACGUCACAUAGGAAAUUUCCAGCUUCAAGGUCAAGGUUAUUGCUCUUCUUGCCCUCGCUGACACUGGCUGCAGCACUCCUUCGAGCUGUGAACCUCCGCGUCAGACGAUGAGCGAGGGGGAGUCGAGAGUGGGCGGCCGGGGUGCAGCGAUGAUGGGGGGACAAGUGUGUCGUCACGCACAGCUCUCCUUACGUCGUGCGCCGGUCGUCCUCUUCUUCUUGCUCCUGGCAGUUUUUCUCCCGGUGCUUGGUGUAGGUGGAGAGACGUACACUGUGCGUAUCCAGAAGGGAGUGGUUCGGGGCUUUCUGCACGGCCAGACUGUACGUUUUCUGGGCAUCCCCUACGCCACAGCCCAGAGAUUUCAGUCGCCUGACACCAACAUCCCAGCAUGGACGAGCGUGAAGAACGCCACCACACCAGGACCCCAGUGUUCCCAGAUUUGCCAGCGAGAAGAGAGUCAGCUGUACUGCUUACCAAAG